UGACGGAGCGGCGGGUCAGAGGCGGCAGGAAAAUGGCGGCGCCUGAGGAGCGGGAGCUGACGGCGGAGCAGACCGAGAAGCUGCUGCAGUUCCAGGACUUGACUGGCAUAGAAUCCAUGGACCAAUGUCGUCACACGUUGGAGCAGCACAACUGGAACAUAGAGGCAGCUGUACAGGACCGACUGAACGAACAAGAGGGUGUCCCGAGCGUCUUCAAUCCCCCUCCAUCUCGGCCGUUGCAAGUCAAUACAGCCGACCACAGGAUCUACAGCUAUGUUGUCUCAAGGCCGCAGCCAAGGGGUCUAUUAGGAUGGGGUUACUACUUGAUAAUGCUUCCAUUCCGAUUUACCUAUUACACGUUACUUGAUAUAUUUAGGUUUGCUCUGCGUUUUAUACGCCCCGAUCCUCGUAGUCGGGUCACUGACCCAGUGGGUGACAUUAUUUCGUUUAUUCAUAUGUUUGAGGAAAAAUAUGGGAGGAUACACCCUGUCUUCUACCAGGGAACUUACAGCCAGGCACUGAACGAUGCUAAGCGGGAGCUGCGCUUCCUGUUGGUUUAUCUUCAUGGAGAUGACCACCAAGAUACUGAUGAAUUCUGCCGCAAUACGCUGUGCAUACCUGAGGUGAUCACCCUCAUAAACACUAGGAUGCUCUUCUGGGCUUGCUCAACCAAUAAACCAGAGGGCUACAGAGUGUCCCAGGCUCUGCGAGAGAACACGUACCCCUUCCUGGCGGUCAUCAUGCUGAAGGAUCGCAGGAUGACAGUAGUAGGGCGGCUAGAAGGCCUCAUCCAGGCUGACGACCUCGUGAAUCAGCUCACGUUCAUCAUGGAGGCCAACCAGACGUACCUGGUGUCGGAGCGCCUGGAAAGGGAAGAGAGGAAUCAAACCCAGGUUCUGAGGCAGCAGCAGGACGAGGCAUACCUGGCAUCCUUGCGUGCAGACCAGGAAAAGGAGCGCAAGAAGAAGGAGGAGCGGGAGAGGAAGAAGAAAAAGGAGGAGGAAGUGCAGCAGCAAAAACUAGCAGAGGAAAGACGGCGACAGACGCUGCAGGAGGAGAAGGAGCGGAAGUCGGAAUGCCUUCCCCCUGAGCCGCAUCCUGAUGACCCAGAGAGCGUUAAGAUCAUUUUCAAGCUGCCCAACGAUUCCAGAGUGGAGCGGCGGUUCCAUUUCACACAGUCCUUGACGGUCAUACACGACUUCUUGUUCUCCUUGAAAGAGAGCCCUGAGAAGUUCCAGAUUGAGGCCAACUUCCCUCGCCGUGUCCUGCCCUGCCUCCCUACAGAGGAGUGGCCCAACCCGCCCACGCUGCAGGAGGCCGGACUCAGCCACACGGAAGUCCUCUUUGUGCAGGACCUUACGGACGAUUGACACUUUUCCAGAAUACACAAAUGGAAAGAGAAAUUCAUAUUAUUAUUAUAAUACAAUAUUUUUUUUAAAAGACUGCAUACAAACGAGGGAUCAGAGACCAUGUGGCCUGUGCCAGCCGUGCUGCGUGUGUGCCCUGGCGAGAGGAAGUGUGUGCAUGUGCACAUCCUCACAUCCCCAUGCACACAGCCAUCCCCUGUACUUGGAGGGCAGAGAGGGAGGGGAGCUGGUGUUGCCCUUCCACCCUCCCUGGGGAGCAACAGGAAUGGCAGCUCUCGGUAAAUAUUGCUUUUAUUGACAAUAAUAAUAAAACUCCGACAACCUGACGUCUUGUGAAGAUUUUGAUGCUCUGCUGCUCCUGAGAGCCAGCCAGAAGACUGGGCAGCUGAAUGUGCUGGGAGUGGGGCAGGAGGGAGGGCUGGACAGAACGUUUUCAGCUUCUCUCUGUAUAAAUACCUUUCUUUUAAUAUUUUUUUUCUUGCUUUGUAAUGACCAAAGGAGAAUGGGAUUGACUAUAGUAUUAAUUUCUUUUUGAUAAAGAGCUGGUUCAAUUCUUACCUGUGUGGGACCUUGCCCAGGGUUCUUAGCCUGCGUAGUGUAAUAAACUCUGCCUCUAGCA